AUGGUUUGGGCGGUGGUGGAUCUCGCCGAGGAGGGCUGCAGAUGCCAAAUUGAGGCUAGGGUCAGAAGAGUGGGAGCACUAGGAGGCUACUGGCAAGCGCUAAACUUUGGCCCAGCCCGCGAACCUCACUCCUCUUUCCCUCGAGGUACCGUGAAAUCCCUAAUUCCCCACCACAAGCCGCCACUUGCGCCGCCGUCAACAUCGCGACGCUCACUGCUCUCUCCGGCCGGCCACUGCACCGCUCUGUCGUCCUCAAACCCUCCCGCCGCCCCACACGACCCAUCCCCCACGAGCUCAGAACCUCUCCUCCGCCAAGUUGCUCCAUCCCCACCUCAUCACCAAGAACACCGGCGUCGUCGUCGUCCUGGGCACCGGGCAGAUCCCGGCGAAGACCAGGCUCAACCUGUGCCGGAAGCUCUUGUCGGCCGUGGCGGAGCAGUGCUCCAUGCCAUCUCGCUUCUCCACCGCUAUCCCCGCGUCGUCCUGCCUCUCCACCAGUGCCCCCACACAACCCUGCUCCCCGCCGUCGCCACGUACUCCCUGCUGCUGCCGCCGGCGAUUUCCCACGAUCGGAACAAAUCAGCACCGGUGGUUUCUUUCUUCUUCAGAAGGCCAGACUUUUGCCGUUCAUAUUCAAGAGACCAUAUCCAUUUGACGUGCGAUGACACUCUGGGGCACUUAGACAAGAAAGGAUAUGGUUUCAGAUAUGAGUUAGAAAAAAUUUCAAGCCAUCAUCAAGCAAUGGAGGAAGCUAUAGAUCCUGGAGCAUCGAACAUAUAAAUCACGCUAGGCAACCCGCCAUUUUGGAGGCAUUGUCAUGACGCAGCAGUAUGGGUCGCUCGAUUCUUUUAUGACUGUACUUUUUUGGUUGCUGGCAGUCGGUACACCGUUAAUUGUUUCUCCACCUGAGUUGUACACUACCUUUUUAUUUUUAUUUAGAUUCUUUCGGAUUUCCAGUUUAUUAGCUGCAAAAGGGGUCCAGUAAUCUACAUUCUACAUAAAGCUUAGGCUUUAAUUGAUUGUUAUGUCAAGUGAGAUCAUGCAUGAUAAGGAUUAUUGCUGUUGGAGGAAACAUUGUGUACAAUAUGUUUGGUGGUAGUUAAAAGGAGGGGAACAUAUUAUUGUGAUUUUAUAGUUUCUUGGAAGUAGUUUCAUCUAUUUGUUUACAACAUUGUUGGUUUGCUGCCUUUUAGUAUUGGAGUGUGUAAUCACACACGUUCUUAUACCUUCUAGGUUAUUUCUCGUUUUAACUCCUCUCCUGUGGAUUCUCCUAAGUUGCAGGCGAAGAUGAACUCCUGAUGGUCUACGCCGUCCUGCUUUGCCAUGGAGGUAAAUGAGCCGAAGUGUACCAGGGAAUAUGCAUAUACACCACACCUAAUCCACCACUAUUUUCUUGUGGCGACUGGCGAGGAGAAGAUACAAAUGCCUUCCAAUCCACCACUUAUCCCCACUACUAUUUCUUUGCCAGUGACCUGGGUUUCCAUGUACUUGAUAGAUACUUUCCUUAUGAUAUGUGUUUUAUGUAUGUAUAUAUGUUUCUGGCCAUAAAUAUAUAGCUAGCACCAACUUUUACUGCUUUCCGUGGAACUUUGACGAGUACCCUUUAAUCCACUAAUUUUGGACCUGUUAGUUUGGGCACUGAAAACUUUGAAAAGUACCUUUGAAUUAGAGGACUAAACUAACAGGUCCGAAAUCCUGAAGCCCAAAUGAAUCAGUUUUCAGUCUAAAUGAAUGGUGUUAUAGGAGAAGCUAAUCUGAAUGUAUGCACGGGAUUACUUCACUUGACGUACAUUAUCUGGAUCCUUGGCCACUUUUAUGCAAAAGCCUUCGAUCUCUUACUCCACUAUAGAGUUUGAUUGAGAAGUUUGGGCCUUUGGUCUUCUCUGUUACCUGAAACUUUAAAUCUGACUACAAAGCCUCAAAAGUCAAAACUCAAUUCAUGUAAAAAUCGGCAAGAGUUUAGGGGAUUUGGCUCCACAUUUUUUGAUCUUGUUAGUACUUUCACCUUGCUAAUUCAAAAUGUGUGAAUGUAGAGUUGGAGAAACUACCACAAGUCAAGGUGAGACCCAUGCCUGAAAAGGGGAAAUCACUCUGGAGUCGGCUCAAGAACAAG